CUCCCCUCCCCUCUCUCUCAGUCUCUGGCCGAGGAAUCCCAGGCAGCGUUUAAUUGCAGAGUGCAAAGGCUUUAGUUGGGCUAAUGAGCGCAGCACUGGGGCUGGGACUCCUUUCACGCACUCUCUGGGAGCCAGAAACCCAUAUGGAGUCCUUUACCGGAGGAGCCUCACAAGGCGGCUGGAUUUCAGGUGGAGGAGAGAGAGCAAGGAAUUCACAAAUUCAGGUACUGCCGACUAUGUGAGAGAAUAUACCAGAGGCAAGAGACGGAGUAAGAGGUGGAGAAAGAGAGGGAGAGCGGGAGAGGGGAGGGGAGGAAACGGGAAAUACACAGCCAGAGAGAGAGAGAGAGAGAGAGAGAGAGAGAGAGAGAGAGAGAGACUGGAAGCCUGCAGCAGCAAAUGAGAUAGAACAACGAGGCGGGAGAGAGGUAGACAGAGAGAGAGAGAGAGAGGGAGAGGGGGCCCCGUGUAGGAGAGAGGGCUGCAGGGUGAGGAAGAAGAAGGAGAAAAAGUUAGAAGAAGUAGAAGAAAGGGUGUCCAAGGAAGGGAAAGAACGGGUAGCAGAGAUCAACAGCUACAGGAGUGAAGAAGAAGAAGAAGAAGAAGAAGGGAAACAACAGACAGGAAGGAAGGGGAGGGAGAAGUCUUGGGGUAGAGAGGAAGAAAAAAAAGAGGUGAAGAAAAGUUUUCUUGUGGGAAGACGCAGAUGAGGAAAACAGAGCGAGUGAAUGACUGGGCUGGAGAGAGCAGGGAGGGGAGGAAACCAGUUGUUUUCUAAGGCGUUUUCCACACAAGCCUCUGGACUUCUUUGGACAUGUACACAGAAGGCGCACAAACAACGGGACACCGCCGAUUUCUCCAGCACAAAAGCCCGCCCGCCCCCUGCCCCUGCCAGCACUGUGUCCACCACUACUGCGAGCAGCCGCACAGCCAUCACCACAGUGGGCCGGGAUACCAACCAGCAUCAGCCAGACAGACGGACCACCCAUCUCUGGACUGCAGGAGAGAGACACAGGCUCCUCGGGUUAAAGACGUAGGAGGCAGAGCUUUCCUGGUGGACGGGGUUGAGAGGAGCAGUCAUCGCAGCCCACAGAGGAGGCCUGUGUUUGCAGGGCUGGGCCCUUACAGCCAGUCGGACGACUUGAGCCAAGUCUGCCCCUGGGAGUUGAACCCUGCCCAGUGGAGCUGCCCACUGGAGCCUGGGGUGAGACACUAUCCAUCUGUCAGAGAACAGUGUGGCUGUGUGGUGCGCAGCGACACUUGGGCACACCCCUUUAAGGCUGGGACACCACAUCCUGUCCCUCAUCUUCAGGUCAAAGGUCAUGGGUACAGGCACAGGAGGACCAUCAGGUACGUCUCUGUAGACGAGGAGGAGGAAGGCUGUGAUUGUGACUCUGAGAGCUAUCAUGUGGAGCCACACGGUCCCCAUUCGGGUCACGCGCCCAUGCCAAAUGGCCACUGUGGACCGAGGCCAGUGCUCUUUGAUGGAGGGGAGGAAAGAGAUAGCCAUCAGGACCUGGGCAAACACAAGGGUGGAUCAGAGGAUGGUUAUAAUGGACGCGGUGGCUCCUACAAAGGUUUCUUCUCCACUGAAGUCCCACAAAAACACCUAAACCAAAGCAGACGGAAGGGGCCCUGCGUCCCCCCCUCCGGCAUCACCAGUCCAGAGACCUCGAAAUCGUCGGCCAACAGCGAGCACCACCAGCGUCAAGGUUUGGAGGUGGCGAAGCAGAGGAGGAGACAGGACUCGGUGAGGGAUCAAAUCCGACAAGUGGUGACAGAUCUGGAGGACGUGUUGGGGGGUUUGAAGCAAGUUCAUGUGGAGAUGAAAGAGGUGGUCGAGCAGAUUGAUCGUCUCACAGCCAAUAUUGACCUCAGCGAGGAGGCGCCCAGCAGCACCCACGGGCCGUCUGCAAACUUUCACAGUUCAACUCAUACCGGUGACCUCAGGGUGACCCUGCUGCCCAAUCACAAGCCGGCUCCGGUCCAGGUGUCCCAACAUGUCGACGAGGACCGCAUCAUCUUAAGGACUAACUCUCCCUCCCCCGUUCACAUGGCGUCCGUCGUCAAAACCAGCCGCUUCACCCCACUCAGCCAUGUCAAAGACGCCAACCACGAGAGGCCGGGCGUGAACGGCCACCCGCCUCAUCUGUACCCCCACAGAGACUCCAACCACAUUGGGCAAACUCACCUGGAGCCCCACCACCCCCACCCACAGAGCCUAGACCCUAAGGUCAUCAUUGGGAACAGCACCUCCGGGAGGACUCAGAAGCCUCCACCGUACCCUCAAAACGGGCGGUGCGGCAAGGGCCCGUACCCGCCUCCCAAGCCCAUGAGGACCCCUGCCUACCCUGGGAGAGGCCGCCAGAGCGCCAGCAUGGUGUGAAGGAGGAGGGAGGUGGUAGUGGUGGUAGUGGUGGUGGUGGUGGUCUGCCCCCCGGUUGCUUAUGGGGGGCCUGAAACAUGAGACCCUGCUGCAGUGAGUGGCGGUCAGAAGGGAACCAGGCAGGGGGAGCAACUCAUGCAGGAGCUGAUGCCACUGAGACAAGCUGUCAGCCGAUGGAAACGGAGCACGGCCUGAAGGUGGAGAUAUUUCCAAAGGGAAAACUCCCCCAAGAGCCGACCCGUGACUGUGUGUCUUGCAAGCACAGCAGCAUGGAGGAGUGGCAGUCGAUCCUCUCUGAAAAUGUAUGUUUUCACUGUUACUGGAGAUGUAGUGGCAAAAUAAUAAUAAAGGAUAAGCUGUGAACUGCUACAACCACCCAUAGAAACAUAAAGAUAUCUUUUUGUGCCAGUAUUAAUUUAUUUUUUACUGUUUUUUUUUUAAAUUGCAAAAACAUCUGUUGUCAGGCAGCUUAUACCAGUCUGGAUGCUACAUAUGCUAAAGUAUGCUAUAGUAAGAUUUAUAUCAGCUAAACUAUUGUACAGAUAUUUUACAAAUAAAAGGAUUUAGACUGUUUUUCUCUCUGCUACAUGGUUGUUAGAGUAUGUAAGAGGAAAAACCAGUGAGGAGACAGGAAAGUUGGACAAGCAGAGUGGAGAUUAAAUUGCACUUUUCUCAGACAAAUCAAUCUGACGUCUCAAUUAUCCAACUCCAGAGAUGUUGUAUUGACCGCUGAAUGUCCCACAUUUGACUAUGAAAUAAAAGAAAUGACGCCAGCAAUUUAUCACCCCGACUCUGACAAAUGAUUUAUGGGUUCAGCGUGUCUAACAGAAGUUAAGAGUACGUCUCAAAUGGCUGCGGAAGCGGUGUGAAUGGGUUCUUGGACUGAUCUGGAGAUGGCAGCGUGUGAUCUCUCACAUGGCCUUAUUCUGUCAGGGCGCUCGUUGCCGUUGUCCCAGGCCAGUCAAGUCAGCGUCUGCAUCUCUUGUUUGUUUAAAUCUUGUCUGAGACUUUCACCACUCUGCUCUCACAAGCUCCUGCUGCUAUCAGAGCUGCACACUGCCUCCCUGUGAGAGCCGGUAUAAUCCAUCCACCAAACAAAACACCCUCCACACUCCACACUCUCUGCCUGUAUCACUGGUGGAGAGCUGAACAGAUGAAGGAUGACACAUGCAAGCUGUUAACUGUCCUGGCCACUUUGUCACUCACUGUCUUUGUCUGCAGCCUAUAGCUGUUAGAGUAAUUGUGAUAUGAUGGUAAGUGAGAGGCGAGGUUGUGAAGAGUCGAUAAGCCGCUGACGCUCAGAUAGAUGGGGAGAGGUCAAGUGCCAGAGGCUGUUCUUACUCUUCAAGAGCAACAUUCAAAAUGAAAACUGGUCUCUUGAGCAUCCUACUGUAUCAUGAUUUGACAAUAGUACAGACUGUUUAGUUUUAAUAAAGCUUUUUGUUGGACCCAAAGGUAGGACUCAGACUCAGAGGCAGUUAAAUGAUGCAGAAAGCUGUUUGUUGAAUUAUGGAAGAACAGCUUAAGGCUGGGGCUGAGGAGAGUGGGACAGGCAUUUGGCUGGUGCAGGAAUAAAACCUGGAAGUCAGGUAGCAUUUUAGCACUCCUGGUUCCCUCAUCCCAAAGUUUUUUUUGAAUGGGAUUUUGGUUAAAAGCCUGAAAUAACACCUGUGGUUUGAACACAAGUUCAGGACAUUUUCAUGUUUUAUGCUACAACUUAAUAUACAUCAGAAAAUACCUUUUAUUAUAGAUUAAACUUUUACAUAUCUUAAAAGGGGCAGUUGUUAACAGGGUGAAAACUGAUUUCAUCAGUCCACCUUUACAGCCUUGUUGUGUCCAGUCACGCUCUUUCAAACUAUCUCUAACUUUCUAAAAAGAAAGGCUUUUGUAGAAGAGGUCAGCGCUUAGUGGUGGUGAAGUUGACGUCAAGCAACUGUGAAGUAUCACAAACUUUUGUUGGUCAUGGAGCUUAUUUUCUGCAAUAAUCCAAGAUCCAAUGAAAAGUCCCAUCGGCUUUUUGUCAACCAGGCUGAUGCUAAUUUCCAGGUGACAACGGUCAUGCUGAGUCAAAAGCAACACAGGGAAUUGUAACUCAAAGUGCAGCAUUUGGUCAUGGCGUGGAACAUGGUGUUGAACCAGCAAUCUGGCAAAUGGUGGAGUGAAGAGCUGGGGUGGUUUAAAUACAGCAGGGGCUUGUUUAGUAGAUGAGCUGAUCUGGAACAGGUGUGCAGGUGUUAUGGUGGGAGCAGGAGCCCAGAAGGCCACGCCUAGCAAACACACAGACACAAACACAAGCACAGACAAACUGGGGACAAACAAAAAUCAUAAGGACAAGGGCUGCAACUAAGCAUUAUUUUCAUGAUAAUGUGAUCUGACCAUUAUUUUAAAAAAUGCCAGAAAUAGGGAUAAAUGCCUGUCACAACUUCCCAGAUCUCACUUGACACCAGAAACACAGAAUUAGCCAUGAUGCCCCCUACUGUUGCUACAUCUGUCAGACUGUCCUUGCACGUAUGUGUUUUAUAAUGUUGGCUUUAUAUUUUUUACCGCUCAAAAUUCAAAGUAAUUUUUUAAACAAAGGAUCUGUGAUUGAUACAUUUGCUUGAAAAAAGCAAUCUUGUUAUUUCUUAGCAACCAUCAAUUUUGUGGCUGAAAGAGCAACUGUUUUUUAAAUAAGCCAAUGUUUACAAUUAUCUAACAGUUGUUCCUGGCUGAUAACACUGUUUUAGGAUUAUUUUUGAACUAAUCAAAUGUCCAACACCUAAUACUUGAUUACCCCCCCCACACACACACACACAAAUGUGUCAUAUUACAGAAGCAAAAUGCCGCAGAAAUACAUAUUCUUACAGUACCUGUUACCUUUGCUUUUAUUUCUACUGAUUUCCAAGAAAAGCUGAUCUGGGUCCUGACAAGGGAUUUGACCUAUCACACUCUGCACUGUAAGUUACCUUACAGCCUCUAAUAGUCACACUGCACCACCAGUUCCCUUCUCAGCUAGAUCACUUCUCAGACUGCUUUUCAGUUUUCAUUUUGGGUGUUGGAUGUCAAAACAGCACCUGGUAAGAUUCAAACCUGCAACCUCUGAGUUUCUAAGCAAGCACCUCAACAGCCAGCGCUAUUAGACCUGACACUUAAGCUUGUUUUCUAAGAGGGCUGAUCAGAUUUGCGCCAUGGUAAGAGGAAUGUGUUGUAGAAAUACAUCUUCCUCCUCACAGUAGCUGUUACCUUUACUUUUAUUCCAUCCAAAAUAGCGGGGUAAGACAUAAUCUAAGCAAAUACAAACCGAAAAAUUCUUGUUUCUGUAUUGAUUUUUUAACUUUUGAAUAACUACAAUGUCUCUUUGAAUAUGUUUACAUAAAAUGUUCCUUCGUCUUGUUUUCCUUCGUGAUGUAUGGUGGAUCAUUCCAUUUUUAUGUAGGUGGAAAAAUGUGUCUGUCCUGAGUAUUUUAUGUAAUAAAACAUUCACUAUUUUUUGAGGAAAUUUACAUGAUAAAGAGUGGGUUGCAAUGUUCCAUUAUUGCAGCUUGAAUAAAAUGCUGUGCCUUGAAAUUGUUUGGGCUUGGUGUUAUGAAAUUAAAAAACCCAGCUACAGUCUUCUGGGAUUUAUUUGACAA